GGGAUAUGCACAUUGUAAUGGCACAAGAUUGUUGUCUAGACACAAUGUUUUCUCGACCUUACGUUCACUCGACGCAUCUGUUGCUGGCCCUUCGGUAUAUAUCCGCAUAUUCUUUUCCUCUUCGUAUAAUUCCAGACUCAACUCCACAACCAAAUACUUCGACGACAACACUAGAAUCACUAUCCAAAUGUCGAACUCCCAAGGAUCCGAGACCUCCAUCAGCCGGACUACGACGCCGCCUCCUGAUUUUGACUUGUACGAGGGGCGUGUCGAGUACUACCAGAUGCACCAAAACCAGCUGGUUCCUGCGCACUUCCAGGGCAUCACGGUUCUCUCUGUUCGAGAGACACUCGGUCACAUGCGCUGCUUGCGUAGACAUCUUCGUGAGAACCUCCGAAUUCUGGAAAAGUUCGGCGAGCAAGCUCUCAGCACGCCUCCUAGUAUCAACUUCGCAAAUGAUACGGAAGAUGGAGAAGCGUCCGAACUAGAGAAGGCACAAGACUUGUUCGCGAUACACCACAUCGGAAUCUCGGAGUGUUUGCACACAGUGUUCGUGAGUUGCGUGCAAUUUGGUCUGCCGGUAUACUCCGGAUACCGGGAGAGCAGAAACUUUUUCGCCCAUGACUUUGGCACGGCCACAGGUUCCAUGCCCGGAAAAUACCAAACCAUGGCCACGGAGAUGCAGGGUAAGAAGGAGCUGUACGAGCCAAUAUACAUACAUGUCAAGGCUUCAAUCAAUUUAUUUGAAGCCCAAUUGGCAAAUCACAGCAUGUGGACGUAUAGGCCUGAAGCGCCUCGCCAGUUGGAUCCAAAUGCCAUGCCCACGACGACAACGCAGGAGCCAUGGGAGGAUAGGGACUAUGUCCCACCUCCUACAAACUGGACAACAGAGGAUCCUUAUGCGGACGAGGAAGCGCGCCGUGAAGCACAACGACGCGAUACGGGGGGCUGGCUCUCCCCAGUCAAAUUUCUUUACUUCCGCGUCAGGGCUGUCCGCUGGAUUGGAGACAAGAUCCAUGACUACUUCGAUACAUUGGCCACGCAGUAUCGGGGAUAUCCCAUGGCGCUCGAGGGGGGGACAUUCGAGACGACUGGCAGUAUAGUCGAGGAGGUGCAGGGCCAAGGUUCCAACGCUUCGCAUGAGGAGAACGUAGGGGCUGAGCAGUGAGGUACUUACGAGCCGCCACCUCUCGAAGAG